AUGGAGCCGCCGCUCUCCUCGGCCGGCGGGCCGGCGCUGCCCGUGUGGAAGCGGGAGAUCCUGGAGCGGAAGCGGGCCAAGCUGGCGGAGCCGCCCGCGGGCGGGGAGCCGGAGCCGGGCGGCGGCGGCCGGGCGGGCCCGGCGCUCCCGGAGGAGCGGCUGGUGCUAGCCGACAGCCUGGGCCCGCUGCGCGAGAACCCCUUCAUGCGGCUGGAGAGCGAGCGGCGGCGGCUGCGGCAGGGGCUGCCCGGGGGCGGGCGGCGGGGCGCGGGGCGGCCGCUGCAGGAGCUGCUGGAGCUGUACAGCGCCGUGCCCGGCAUCCGCACCAUCCGCGCCGACAACAUCCUCAUCAUCGAGUCCCAGCCCGACGCCGCCGCCUGCUUCGCGGCCGGGGAGGGCGCCCGGGACCCGCCCCCUGCCGCCUCGCCGCGGGGCCGCGACUCGCUCCGGGACCUGCUGGCCCGCCAGGGCUCGGCGCUCACCGAGAUCCGCGCCGCCCAGGUCUUCGUCUACGAGCCGGUCGAGCCCGGCCAGGCCGGCAGGGUCAGCCGCCUGCUGCAGAAGUUUGACCAGUGGCCGCGGGGCCGGCGGCGUCGGAGCAGGGACGCGGAGCCAAACUCCCCUAUCAGCCCCCCAGCCAGCGCCGCCGCCCCCCGGCCACUCCCGGCCCCGGGCUCCUCGGUCAGCGCUGCAGCCCCCCAGCGGGUCCCAGGCCCUCCAGACAGCCCUGCUAACCGGCAGGCUCCGGGCUCCCCAGGCAGCACUGCUGCCCCCCAGCUGGUCCGAGACCCUCCGGCCAGCCCCCCAAACCGGCGGGCCCCAGGCUCCCCAGGCAGCACUGCUGCCCCCCAGCCGGUCCCAGGCCCUCCGGCAAGCCCCCCAAACCGGCGGGCCCCAGGCUCCCCAGUCAGCACCGCUGCCCCACUGCCGGUCCCAGGCCCUCCGGCCAGCCCCCCAAACCGGCGGGCCCCAGGCUCCCCAGUCAGCACUGCUGCCCCUCAGCCGGUCCCAGGCCCUCCAGCUAGACCGCCAAACCGGCAGGCCCCGGCCUCCCCAGUCAGCACUGCUGCCCCCCCGAGCACCUCCCAGGCCAGUGGCUUCCUGCACAAGAUCGGCUCCAACUCCUUCACUGUCACUCCCCGGGGUCUGCGGCCAGGCAGCUGUGCCCCACUUACCAAUGGCCCCUUGGAGCACAAUGCCAGCCCAGGGGGCAGGACCUCGCGUGCUAAGGUGCCUCCGGUGCCAUCGCCAAGCGUUUCCCUUGCCAGCGCCAACAUGAGGCCAAAGCUGGAGAUGAGCAAAGAGAUCCAGCCAUCCCUAUCCAGUGCCACCCCCAGCCCUCUCCAGCCGCUGUCUGUAUCUGUCCUCAGAGAUGGGGUCUCCUUUGAGAUCCGCCCAGCCCCCAAGCCAGACCUGGCCGCCAUCCCUGCCCAUGAUCUCCAAGCGCAGGCCCUGGCCAAUCUGCGCCUGAACUCACGGAAUUCCUUCCUCUUUGUGCCCCGCCGUGGCGGGGGACAGUGUCUGACAGAGCCUGCAGGGGACCUGUCAUCCUUGAACCCUGUAUGUGAGCAACAGGGGGAACCCAUAACCCCCUCACAGACCCCUCAAGAGCUCUUGGUGCCUGUGACUUACAUUGAUGAUGAUAUUGUGGAGCUGGAUGCUGGGGGCCUGCCCCAGGAGAUGGGCCCAGAUGCAGGACUGAAGAACUCAGAGCAGCCCCAAGAAGCUACCUCAGCCCUGGGGAUGAAGGCUUCUGCUAUACCCCUGUAUAGACCCCAUCCUGCCUCCUCUGCCCUGCAGCAGAGAGGCAGCAAUACGUUCACCAUAGUGCCCAAAAGGAAGCCACCCAACUCUGGGGUGGAGGUUGACAGUGGAGCCAGCAGAAUCCAGCAAUCAGAAGAGGAAGACAACGAGGAAAGCAGAAGCAAGGGCAAAACCUUGGGGAGCCCUGAUGCGCCCCAACUGGAUCUUGGGCCACUGCUUAAAAAGCGCUACCCCACUGUGAAUGAGAUUGAGGUGAUUGGCGGCUACUUGUCCCUGGAGAGGUCCUGCAUGAGCAAGAUGGGCUCUCGCCGCAAAAAGAUGAAGAUCUCUUUCAGCGAGACAAGCCUGCAGACCACGUUUGAGUACCCUUCUGAGAGCUCACUGGUGGAGGAGGAGGAGGAAGAGUCUGCCUCAGAAGUGGAGGAGGACGAGGACAAGCCCCCUUCCCUGUUCAUUCCACGCCCGACCUGCACCAUGCACGCCAACGUGCCCAGCUCAGGUUUCUCCAGCUACACCCCAAAACACUCUGUGGAGUUCAGCAAGUGGCAGGAGCAGGAAUACGAGGAGCAGCCUGCCAGUGCCGCCGGGCCCCUCCUGAAAGAGGCCAAUCCCCCAGGGAACCAGGUCAUGCUUACCCCGGCCGAUCACCGUGGCCUCUCAGACUUCAGCAGUGAGCCUGCCCUGUACUUCUGACUCCUGGGCCAUUGCACCUGCAGCACGCCUGCCGAGCAGGGAACUGGGCAGCUUCGCCGGUGUUCUGUUCUCAGUGUCCUCGGCUGCGCUUCGUGGGAUGGAGACUUUCUGAAGCCCCACAGAAAUGGGCUGCUGGCCCCAGCCCACUCCACCUUGUCCCUGCAGGGGACUCGAUGUCACUGGGCAUUUCGGGAGAAUAUUUGCACUGGAUUCUGGGGGACACCUGCUAGUUCCAAGGUAGCUGACGUGUUCUUCCAGUGGCCUUACACAUUCCUCCUUCAAGAGCAGCUGCCGAUAGACUUCUGAGAGUGACUUAGGGGCUAGAGCCUUGCUCUUACUUUCUCCAGCCAGAGUGGGCUCUAGAAAGGCUUGGAGACUGACUUCUCAGUGUGGAAAGUCUCUGCGGUGUGAGCACUGAGGGAUCUCCAGGGCUGUCUGCAAAUUGAGUUAGCAGUUGGACCCAUGAAAGCAGCUGUGGACUGGGAGCUGCAUGGCAACAGGGGCCUCUGCUGCCACUUUGGUGUUAAGCUUGGAGGCUGUUGGAGGUUAAUAGCUAAGUCCCAGGCCAAGCAUGUUUCUGGGCCUGAUACACAGCUGUUGUGGGCCAAUGAGGCAGCCUCGUUGGCCGAAAGGGGUGGUGCGCACACUGGGGGUGAAGCGUGGUAAGAGAAUGGGCAAAUUGUUCUCUGCUGCAGAUCAGUAGGAGAAUGAUUGAUUGAUAAGAGCUGGAGUGUCCCCAGCCUACAAUGCUGGUUUGCUCCCUAUGGGCAGCUGGACUUGCAUGACUUGGCCCCUUGAAAGAGUUCCCAAGCACUAGCGAUAGCUUUGAUCUUCCUAGCUCAGCUGUUGGUGUCCAGGCUCUAAGUACGGUCACUCUGCUGUGGUUUGCCUGUGAACCUGAAUGCCAUCUGCUGGGCCCGAGCCACGUCCAGUGCCUGUGCUCCCGGCCCCGGGGCAAACUCAGAAUGGAGAGCUCACCUGCUUUCCAAGUCAAACUGCCCUGCUAAAUCUGCACCUGGCCUUUCUCACUCCUCUGCUCCAAGUGCAAAUGGGCCAUUUCUCUGCUUUCUUCCACAGGGGCCUGAAUAAGGAAUAUGCUGUUCUCUAGGGGGUUUAUAAUUCUCUGGCACUAACUGGUAAUGCAGGCCAAUAUGCAAUGCAGUCUGCUAGGCUCUCACUGCUGGUGGACACAUCUCUAGUACUGGAGAUUCGGGGUCAGAAUAGUGUGCUCUGUAAGAGACCAAUGUUCAUGAGCUGCUAACGUGACUUGUGCUCCUGAGAUUAAAGGAAAUGUGACCAGCACAGAGCUGGCCAAUUUGGGCAUUGUGGAUGGGAGGGUGGUAUCUGAGCCUGCCACCUCCUUCAAAGGACCACGCUCCUGUCUUUUUGAUUUAAAUCUACUGAUUUGUUUGUUUGUCUGACUGUGUCCAAUCACGUUAUCUCUGAUUGUGUCUGAAUGGAAAAUCCUUUGUGUACCUUGCACUUGCCUUGAUAAUAGUGUGUACAAAGCAGAAGGGGAGCGUGUGUCUAUGUACCCUCUGGCAUUCAGGGCCAGAGGUUUGGCGGUGCCAGCCCCCUGCCCCCAGUGACCUAACUGGGAACUGCUACUUCUGAAAACUCAACUGCUCCCCUGACACUUCGCCAGGUUUGCUGGAGGAGCCCAGUAACCCCUGCCCCCCUUUCUGCCAUUGUAACACUUUGUGCUUCCAAAUCAGAUGAAAGGACCCAUGAGACUCCCACGUGUGGUGGUGCCUGGUGAUUUGUACUUUGGAAUUACAGAAAUUUGAAAGAACUUUCUUGGUGGUUUGAUAAAUGGGAUCCAGUAAAUAUCAUGGCAGUGAGCCAGCCCUUGGUGCUGAUGGUUGUCCCUACUAGCCAGUGGUGAGGUGUUCAGUGAAAUACACACUGAGGAACCU